AUGUCGACCGAAAAGCCUCUUCCCUUCGCAUACCAGUUCGCCGCAGGCGCCAUUGCCGGUGUCUCGGAGCCCAGGCAACUUCAAACCGGAACGGGCGGUGCCGACUCCUACAAUGGCAUGCUUGACUGCUUCCGCAAGAUCAUCAAGAAUGAGGGCGCCUCGAGGCUAUACCGUGGAAUCACCGCCCCCAUUCUCAUGGAGGCUCCCAAGCGUGCCACCAAGUUUGCCGCCAACGACGAGUGGGGAAAGGUCUACCGCAAGAUGUUCGGCGUCGACAAGAUGAACCAGUCCCUGUCUGUUUUGACCGGUGCUAGCGCCGGUGCUACCGAGUCUUUCGUCGUCGUUCCCUUCGAGCUCGUCAAGAUCCGUCUCCAGGACAAGGCUUCCGCCGGAAAGUACAACGGCAUGCUUGAUGUUGUCCGUAAGACCAUCCAGGCUGAGGGUGUUUUGGCCAUGUACAACGGUCUCGAGAGCACCAUGUGGCGUCACGUUCUCUGGAACGCCGGCUACUUCGGCUGCAUUUUCCAGGUUCGCCAGCUUCUCCCCAAGGCCGAGACCAAGACCGGCCAGGUCACCAACGAUUUGAUCUCCGGUGCUGUUGGCGGUACCGUCGGCACGAUCCUCAACACCCCUAUGGACGUCGUCAAGUCGAGAAUUCAGAACAGCCCCAAGGUUGCCGGUCAGACGCCCAAGUACAACUGGGCCUGGCCUGCCGUCGGCACCGUUGCAAAGGAAGAGGGCUUCGCUGCCUUGUACAAGGGUUUCUUGCCCAAGGUCCUGCGUCUCGGUCCCGGAGGCGGUAUCUUGCUCGUUGUUUUCACCGGUGUUAUGGACUUCUUCCGCAACAUGAAGGCGAACGCUUAA